CAGACGGCCGCGCGGCAGACCGCCUAAGAAGGCGUGCGCUCCCGACAUGCCCCGCGGCGCGCCAUUAACCGCCGGAUUUGAGUCGCCGGACCGUUUGGUGGCGGCGGCGGCGGCGGCAUGGGUGCCCCGACGUUGCCCCCUGCCUGGCAGCCCUUUCUCAAGGACCACCGCAUCUCUACAUUCAAGAACUGGCCCUUCUUGGAGGGCUGCGCCUGCACCCCGGAGCGGAUGGCCGAGGCGGGCUUCAUCCACUGCCCGACUGAGAACGAGCCGGACUUGGCCCAGUGUUUCUUCUGCUUCAAGGAGCUGGAAGGCUGGGAGCCAGAUGACGAUCCCAUAGAGGAACAUAAAAAGCAUUCAUCCGGUUGCGCUUUCCUUUCUGUCAAGAAGCAGUUUGAAGAAUUAACCCUCGGUGAAUUUCUGAAACUGGACAGAGAAAGAGCCAAGAACAAAAUUGCAAAGGAAACCAACAAUAAGAAGAAAGAAUUUGAAGAAACUGCGAAGAAAGUGCGCCGUGCCAUUGAGCAGCUGGCUGCCAUGGAGUGAGGCCUCUGGCCGGAGCUACCUGGUCCCAGAGUGGCUGCACCACUUCCAGGGUUUGUUCCCUGUUGCCACCAACCUUCCUGUGGGACCCUUGGCAAUGCCGUAGGAAAGGAGGUCAACAUUUUCAAAUCAGAUAUUUCAACUAUACUCUUGUUUUAUCUUGAAAGUGGCACCAGAGGUGCUUCUACCUGUGCAGCUGGUGCUGCUUAUAACAGUGACUGCUUCUCUCUCUCUCGCUCUCUCUUUUUUUUUUUUAAAUAGACGGGGUUUCACCAUGUUGGUCAGGCUGGUCUUGAACUCCUGACUUCAGGUGAUCCACCCGCCUCAGCCUCCCAGAGUGCUGGGAUUAUAGACGUGAGCCACCAUGCCCAGCCGUUUUUGCUUUCUUGAUUCCUGGACUUAACCAGGUGAGAAGUGGGGGAGGAAGAAGGCGGCGUCCCUUUUGCUAGAGCUGAUGGCUGUGUUUGCGUGGGCAGAGCCUUGGCAGUGAAUGUAUCUGGACCUCAUGCUGUGGACUGGCUGUCACUCAGUCCUGAGUGUGGACUUGGCAGAUGCCUGUUGAAUCUGUGCUGCAGGUUCCUCAACUGUCACAUCUGUGCUGCCUCAGCAACCUUUUUUUUUUUUUUUUUUUGGUAAAAGCAUGAUUUGUGUAUGAUGAGGAGGGGAAUGGAGACAGAGCCCCCAGCUCCUCUACAGUUUCUCAACGUGGUUUUCUUCUUUUGUUUGAAUUCCUAAUUCACAGAAUAGCACAAACUGCAAUUAAAACUCAGCACAAAACCAUUCCAAGUGAUUGGGGAAAUCCGGGUGAACUUCAGGUGGAUGUGGAGACAGACUAAGGUGACAGGAAGCGUCUAGCAGAAACUCCUUUAGGCAACUGCUGUGUAAUUAGACAGGCCCAGUGAGCCUCGGGGCAUAUGCUGGCUGUUCCUCCCUGAGAAAAAGGCAGUGGCCUGAAUCCUUUUUAAAUGACUUGGCUCAGUGCUGUGGGGGACUGGCUGGGCAGCUGCAGGCUGUGUGUCUGUCAGCCCAACCUUUACAUCUGUCAUAUUCUCCACAUCGGGGAAGGACGUACUCUGCCCAGGUCCCCGCCUUCUUCAGAGGCAGCAGCUCCUACAGGGCUGAAGGCUGGCAUAAGUUGAUGGAUUUGAUUUCCCCUCCUCCCUGUGGUAGAGCUGCAGAGUGGAUUGGUACAGCUUCGUUGGAAACCUCUGGAGGUCAUCUCGGCUGUUCCUGAGAAAUAAAAAGCGUGUCAUUUCAAACGCUGCUGCAGACCCUACUGGGUUUUUUAAAUUUUGUCAGUGUUUCAUUGUGGUCUCUAGCCUGCCAACAGCCAUCUCCCUAGACAGCCGCAGUGAGGACGAGCGUCCUGGCAAAGAUGCAGUUGGCCCUGGGCACUCACCAGAGCCACGAACCCCAGACCUAUUUGUAUCUCCCAGGCUCCUUCCGGGUGGAAACGGCUGUGAAAAUGCACCUCAGAUUCACUUAUUUCUGCCACAUCUGAGUCAGGGCCUGAGAGAUAUUUUUCCCUCUGAACUUAGAGAAUAUCACAGUGGUUUGUGUUGGCAGAAAAUGCACUCCAGCCUCUGUACUCCCCUAAGCUGCUUAUUUUUUAUAUUUGUGCCAGUCUGUAAAUGGAUAAUAACUGUUGCUUAGAAAUUGGCUUUGUGGAGAAACUGGAAAAUAAUGGUUUUAUCUUCAACUCCUUUGCACGCCAGAGGGUGAUGUGGACCUCAGCUUCUGCCAGCCUAUGCUGUGGGCAGGGCUGAGCUGAAGCUGCCCCUCUCAGCCUGCCUGCCACAGCUUUUCCUUAAAGGCCAUUCUUAAAACCAGACCCUCAUGGCUGCCAGCACCUGAAAGCUUCAUCAAUAUCUAUUAAUAAAGCCGUAGGCCCUCGUCUAACGGCAACUGCCUAGGCUUUCUUU